AAGAUGAAAGCUUGCUGAGGAUUGGUCGGAGCUUUUCUCCAGGGACCAAUGACUGAGUGAGAGCGGCGCUGGCAGAAGAGGGGUGUCUGAGGGGAGAGCGGCGCUGGGGAGGCGUUGGGCCCGCCGGGCGCGGGCCGCUGCCGCCGGGAGCCCCAUGGAGGCGGCCGCGCCCUGCUUGGAGCCUGCCAAAGCCAUCCGGGCCAUAGACCGCAAGUCCGUGCAUCAGAUCUGCUCGGGGCAGGUUGUCCUGAACCUGGGUACUGCCGUGAAAGAGUUGGUGGAAAACAGCCUGGAUGCUGGAGCUACCAAUGUUGAUAUAAAACUUAAAGAUUAUGGAGCAGAACUGAUAGAAGUUUCAGAUAAUGGAAGUGGAGUGGAAGAGGAAAACUUUGAAGGCUUGACUCUGAAACAUUAUACAUCAAAGAUACAAGAUUUUUCUGAUCUAAUACAUGUUGAAACAUUUGGGUUUCGAGGUGAAGCUCUGAGUUCGCUGUGUGCAUUAAGUGAUGUUACUGUUUUUACCUGUCAUAAGUCUGCAAAGGUUGGGACUCGUUUGGUAUUUGAUCAUAAUGGUAAAAUUACUCAGAAAACUCCUUAUCCACGACAACAAGGAACAACUGUUAGCAUACAACAGUUAUUCUAUACUUUGCCAGUGCGGCAUAAGGAAUUUCAAAGAAACAUUAAAAAGGAAUACGCAAAAAUGGUCCAGAUAUUGCAAGCAUAUUGCGUUGUUUCAAAAGGAGUUCGCAUUAACUGCACUAAUCAAGUUGGCCAGGGGAAAAAAAGCUCUGUGGUAUCCACUGCUGGAAGUCCUAGCUUAAAGGAAAACAUCGGAGCAGUAUUUGGGCAAAAACAGUUGCAGAGCCUCAUUCCUUUUGUUCAGCUACCUCCUAGUGAAACUGUUUGUGAAGAAUAUGGACUCAACACUACUGACAUGCCACAAAACUAUUAUAGUAUCUCGGGUUUCGUUUCUCGUUGUGAUCAUGGUGUUGGAAGGAGUGCAACAGACAGACAGUUUUUCUUUAUCAACCAACGUCCGUGUGAUCCUGCAAAGGUUGCCAAGCUUGUGAAUGAAGUUUAUCACUUAUACAAUAAGCACCAGUAUCCAUUUGUUGUUCUUAACAUUUGUGUAGAUUCUGAGUGUGUUGACAUCAAUGUAACUCCAGACAAAAGGCAAAUUUUACUGCAGGAGGAGAAACUUCUAUUAGCAAUUUUAAAAACUUCUCUGAUAGAGAUGUUUGGUAGUGAUGUUAACAAACUGGAUGUCAAUCAGAAACUUCUGGAUGUUGCAGGCAACUUGAAGAGGACUCUUCAUGAAGAGACAGAAAAGGCUCAGGUAGAAAUGCUGCCUGACUCUGAAACUGAAAAUCCAAGCAGUGAAGGAAACAGAAUGAUGACUUUAGCCAGAUUAAGGGAGUCAUUUUCUCUCCAUCAAAUGACAGAGAGUAAUUUUCAAAGCCCUAAAAAGGUAAAACGGCAGCACAGCUCCCCCAGACAAAUUCCAUCAGUUGAUACCACUUUGAGUCCUGUAAACGCUCAAAAGGCUGUCUUGAGCGAGGAGUCUGAGAGUGGUUGUGAAAUGGAGUCAAAGGUGUCAAUUACAAGCAGACAUUUGAGAAAAUUAGAUGAUGAUACAGAUUCCGGAUUCUGUAGCACCUCUGCUGAAUCAGAUGUUGGGUAUAAUAUGCCAAAAGCUGGGAGCUGCAUCAGCAGUGAAAGAGUGACUAAUUCUCCUGAAGAAUUCUGUAACUCAAAAGAGGAGCUUCAAAAUGAAUGUCUUGAAACUGUUGGACAGAGUGAGAAAUCACUGGAAUGUGAUGUUCAGUUCUUGGGCACUGUGCAUGAGUUAAACCGAGUGAAUGACUGGAAUAAUCCAAAUAAGUUAUCUCAAGUAGCCAGUAGUUCUUCCCCACGCAAGAAGUGUUUCAAAAGUCAAGCAGAUGAUUUAAAGGCAGAUACAUGUCCUGAAGAGAAGAAUACUAAGAACUGUGUGGCAAAUGUUGAUGUACUGGUGGAGGUUAAAAAGAAAACUGUACCACUUGCAUUUUCUAUGAAGGUUUUAGCAGAAAAGGUAAAAAAGGUAAUACAGCAGCAACAGAAAAGGACAGAAACACAGAAUUAUAGAAGAUUUAAAGCAAAAAUUAGUCCUGGAGAAAAUAAAGUAGCAGAAGAUGAAUUAAGAAAAGAGAUCAGUAAAGAAAUGUUUGCAAAAAUGGAAAUCAUCGGCCAAUUCAACUUAGGGUUUAUAAUAGCAAAGUUGAAUUCUGAUCUCUUCAUAAUUGACCAACAUGCUACUGAUGAGAAAUACAACUUUGAGAUGUUACAACAGCACACUGUUCUCCAAGGUCAGAAGCUGAUUGUGCCUCAAAAUCUUAAUUUAACUGCUGUAAAUGAAACAGUAUUGAUUGAAAACCUGGAAAUAUUCAGGAAAAAUGGGUUUGAUUUUGUCAUAAAUGAAAAUGCUCCUGUAACUCAAAGAGUUAAAUUGCUUUCCUUGCCAACAAGCAAAAAUUGGACUUUUGGUCCACAAGACAUAGAUGAACUGAUUUUCAUGUUAAGUGACUGCCCGGGAGUCAUGUGUAGGCCCUCCAGGGUCAGACAGAUGUUUGCUUCUCGAGCUUGCAGAAAGUCUGUGAUGAUUGGGACUGCACUGAAUAUACAGGAGAUGAGGAAACUGGUCACCCAUAUGGGUGAGAUUGAACAUCCCUGGAACUGCCCCCAUGGAAGGCCUACGAUGAGACACAUAGCCAGUCUGGAUUUGAUUUCACCAGAGUAACAGUCAGCUUGUGCUUAUUAGCACUCCCAAUUUUAGUUGCUUGGCAAUACUUCGAGAUUUUAUCAUGACUGUUUUACAUUGACUAAAAAAUUUUAGCCGCUAUAUUUUGUACUUGAAGAUGGGAACAAUUGAAGACAUUCAGCAAGCUUUUGCUGUUACUUCUAUCAAGCCAACAAUUUGGAUGUACUGAAAUGUAUGUGUAAAUAACAUUUAUUAUGGUUUACCUUGUGUAUUACUUACUUUGCAGUCAAGAUAUUUUUUAAAUAAAUCUUUAUAUAUAAAGAUCAA